AUUUUACUUCAUCCUUCAACUGACAACUUGUCACUUUUCAUCUCCCACGCAUUCACCUCGACAAUUUCUUCAAUUAUCUCAAGAAAUAAUAAGGUCAAAGUUGACCACAGCACGGUCACACGAGCAGGGGGAACCAUUCAAUUCCAUACUCUUCGACAUCAGGGUCCAAUUAAAUAAAAAACACUUUACACUUACAUUUUAUGACUCAGUAACAAGAUACGGCGGAAAUACAAUUCCUAAAAAACUAGCUGGUCACAAUGGACGAUAGUAUCAGGGAAUAUACCAAGGGCUUAAUGGCCAGAGCUGCCGCCCGAGAUGAAGUAUUGAGACGACAAGAGAACCGUACACCUGCAAAACUGAUAUCGUCCACAGAUUUGACCCUUCCACCUCCGAAAGCAGUUAGGUUUGCGAUCCAGGACGAGAGCGAUCUUGACGAUUCAUCCUCCUUAAGUUUUAAUCAGGUAGUUGCUCCAACUUCACCAGGAAACAAGGAGAACUUGGCGAGAAGCGAAGAAGACGCCUCCAACAUGGAACAAUCUUUGGAUGAUGAUGAGAACAAUGACGAAAGUAUGGACGACGUCAACAACGAAGAUGAUGAAGAUGUUGAGGACAAAGAAGUUGAACACAACAAGAGGGAUGCACAUGAAGAUGAGAAUGAGGACGAAGAUAUGGAAGCCAACAACAGAGAGAUGACAGACCAAGUUCCCCCACUUUCGAUGCUUGUGUCGAAACCAUUGGCUAGGACAAUGACAACUUCAGGGCCCCAAUCUGCAUCACCCGUCUCGCGCAAGUCGCGAUUGUCCGCACUCGCCGAGUCUAUCAAGUCCUGGGAAGAAGAGGUACCUACUCCUCCUACAAAGGUUUCCGACAUUACUACGGCAAACGCAAAGUCCACUCGGCCAAGAUAUUCGGUCUCCACUCCACCUCAAUCGAAUACGAAUCGAAUCGCGGCUUUGAAUAAACGAAGCAGUGGGUGUCAUCAGUUUGUCGCUGCGACGCCUGUAACGAGAAGCUGUUCCAUCUCACCGGUGAAAAAACCCGGAUUGGAUCCAACUCCAACAAAACCUACGGCAAGUUGCGAUGGGGGCCACAGUUUCACUGCGACGCCUACAAAGCGGAUCAUAAGUUCAUCGCCAAUCAAAAGCAUUUCUUCCCUACAGUCUCCAGUAAAAGUGGUAGCCUCACCGGUCACUUCUCCAGUAAAAUGUGUGAAACUGGAUGGGAAAGAAAGUGAUAAGGAUGGGGAGCGUAAGUUGGCCGUGGUUUCACCAUCUCGUCAAAAUCUCUCAACAAGAAAGGCUACCGCCUCUCCUCUGAAAUCUCUUGAAGGAUUAGGAGAUUCAGUAGCGAAAAACUUGGAAUUUCAAGGUUUUGUCAAAGUUGAUGCGAACAAAGGUUCCUCUGCUUCUGCGCCUCCUUCUAAGAUCGCUGGAUCAAUUCUUAACAAGAAAAGAAUGUUUGAGAAAGACGGCGAUAAAGCUGCUACUCCUGCUCCAAAGUUGUCAAAACCAUCAUCAGCUUGGCCUCAAGUGGGGGCUACGGUUGUAUCUUCCCUCUCGCAUAACAAACCUGUUACAACUCCGGCCAGUAGCAACUCUAAUUUAACCCCACUUCAGCAGUUUCACUCCCGCAAAUCUCUUCAGGUUGACCCUUCCGAAUUGACUGUUGCACAAAAGGCUCGCUUAUUCGAACGACAACAAGAGGAGCAGGAACGACUUAGGAAUAAAGAACAGGAAACCAACCAGUGGUUGAACAUGGGUCGAAGUCGAGGCGCUCCCCCAUCCUCUACAACAACUCAACAGAAAAAAAUCGAGAGUGAAAAAGUUCAGUCUCCACAAAAAUCCAAUAACAGAGCAUCAGCACCAACUGAAAAACCACAAUUCUACUAUUUUGGCCAACAACAAGAUUCUGCAAUUCCGCCACCACUUCCUCUCCCAACUAAUAAAGCAGGGACUGACCAGACUCACAAGGAUGAUGACGAUAUGGACAGUAACUCUGAUGACGAAGGAGGAUUUUCACCCAAUAAGAAUAACAUUUCACCAUCAAUGUUAAUUGCCAAAUCGGUCAAACCUAUUAAAGUGUUGAAGAAAAAUGAUAAAAUGUACCCGUCUCUCACGGACAUUGAAAAUACUGAGACCGAAGACAAUGAGACAAACACGUCCAGCGUUGGGUCGUCUCCCGUUGCAUCCUGCUCCUUUAAUUCAUCAAUGUCUACUAGCUCAUUGGGAUCAUUCAUCCAAGGGAAGGCUGCAGAGUGCUCGGCAAUGGAUAACAACGAGAUUAACACUACGAUGGCCUGUCAGCAGAUUGACGACUUGAUCGACCAAGCCUUAGAGGGACAGAUUGUGGAAGAUACCUUCAUGAUGGAAGCUCAUGGCAGCAAUGACCCUGCGAAAGGGUCCUCCCCCGUUGGGAAGCAUGUUUCACAACCCCUUGUACACUCGGUCAGUAUGUACAGAAGAAACCAACGACAGCUCAAAACGGAUGGAGACUCUGCAACAUUCAAACUUCCGCAAAAUUUGGACUUGGUACCCGAAGAAAGCGAAAUGAAUGAAAAGGAUUUAAAGGACAGAAUUCAAGUAUUGGAUCAACAAGUUGCAAUUCAGCACAGGGCAAUCUUACAGGCAAGCAAGGCUCUCAACAUUUGCGAAUCUAGCUUCGAGUUUAGCAACUCGACUGAAAAUAUUGAGGGGGAACGUGUCCUUCUUGUGGCGACCCAAAAACGUGCCCAACUGUUGAGUUAUAUUGGCAAGUUAAAAAAUGGAAACAAAACGGACAACGAGGAAUUUGUAGUAUCUCCUUCAAAGGAUAAAUUUAGACCAUCAUCUUCGACCCGAGGCAUCAUGAAGAUUGACACUAUUCAGUUGUAUUCAGUCAAUUCCACUCGUCUCCACCAAGACUAUGCAUACCACUUUAUUGUCCUUUUGAAGUACAAUGAGCAAGUAUUUACCACCACCACGGUCAAGUCGUCCGCAAUUAACACAAUUAUUGAAUUUCCGAGCGAAUUUGUCAUUCCAGAACUAGAUCCUGGAUUCAAAGUGCAGGUGGAAGUUUAUGCUUUGAGAACUUUUAAAGAUAUGGACGCUAUUCCCCACAACAUGAAAUAUCAUAUUAAGAAUCCGACCAGGCCACAAAGUUCAUCCUCCACUCCAAGUAAAACAUCAACUCUUAGUCAAUUUUUGACUCCAACGCGAUCAUCAAGACACACACCUAAAGCUACGGAUUUGAAAUCAUCCACUCCAGCCCGAGGAGGUGCCACACCUUCCAUUCGUUCUUCUAAUUUUACUCUACAAGCCAAGCUGAAUUUGAACCUUAGCAAUCUGAACAAGACUGAAUGGGAAAUGACAAUGGUUAAUUCGAAUCUCAUCCUUCCAAACAUUUCAAUGCGAAUAAAGUGCAGCAACAAAAAUGAGCUCACUUUCAGGGGAUUCCUCACGGUUUUCUCUGACAUUUCUGGAUUAGGGGCUUGGCAUCGGAGGUGGGCCAUGUUGGACGAAGAUUUUCGUCUACUCUUUUGGACAUAUCCAGAAGAUGAAGCGUCCGAAAAGCCACCAGUGCUAACUCUUGACCUUUCGACGUGCAUGACGCCUCGGAUUUCACCCGCUCCUCGAGAUAUUUGUGCACGACCAAACACGUUUUUAUUAGUUACUACCCGAAAACCACUGCCAACGGACAAAGAUUCAUUGGUCAUGUCAGUCAAUGAAAAAUACACGGCUAUCAAAAACAUGUAUUGUUCUGACAGUAGGAGCGAGCGUGAUGCUUGGAUUGCUAUAAUUAACAAGGUCCUCACAAAUAUGAGGGCCUGGGGAAUCAAUUCUUCUGAUUCUGACUUCAAAACUGAUUAAUUUUUACAUACUCUUCUCUUAUAUGUUUUCAAACAUUACGAUGCUAUCAAGUCUUAUCGACCAAACUUAUUUUCUGCCAUAUUUCGAGAAGUGUGUAAAGUUAUAAUUUAUACAUGUUACGAUAGAAUAAGUCACUUAACUUUUUAUAAUUGUACUUACAAAAAUGCUUUUUAUACACAUUUGAUUUAAACCCAGACAGUCAGGUUCUACUUCCUGUAUAUAUUUCUCUUUAUAUAUUCAUACGUUCGCAAAGUAAAAACCUAUUGUCUGUCUGCCAAUGUAUGCUAAUAACUAAAUAAAACACUGCUCAUUGUUAUGUAAAA